UGUUUUCCUUUUUAAGGUGGAAUGCUAUGUGGUUCGUAUGUAUCACAUUUUGCUUCCCAUUCACCCGUUGAUGGACACUUGGUAGCUUCCACCUUUUGGCUGUUGUGAAAACGCUGCUGUAAACAUGGCUGUGCACAUAGCUCUUUGAGACCCUGCUUUCAGUUUUUCUGGUGAUCUCCAUGGAGGAGCACGGAGUGGCGCAGACUGAGCACAUGGCUGCCAUGGACGCCCACGCAGUGGCUCAGCAAGUGCAGCAGGUUCACGUGGCCACCUACACUGAGCACAGCAUGCUGAGCGCUGACGAGGACUCCCCUUCCUCCCCCGAGGACACGUCCUACGACGACUCGGACAUCCUCAACUCCACGGCAGCUGACGAGGUAACUGCCCACCUGGCUGCUGCAGGUCCUGUGGGAAUGGCUGCUGCUGCUGCUGUGGCAACAGGGAAGAAACGGAAGCGGCCUCAUGUGUUUGAGUCUAACCCGUCUAUCCGUAAGAGACAGCAGACACGCUUGCUUCGGAAACUGCGGGCCACCCUGGAUGAGUACACCACCCGAGUGGGCCAGCAGGCCAUUGUUCUGUGCAUCUCACCCUCCAAGCCCAACCCCGUGUUCAAGGUGUUCGGGGCAGCGCCCUUGGAGAACGUGGUGCGGAAGUACAAGAGCAUGAUCCUGGAGGACCUGGAGUCGGCGCUGGCAGAGCACGCCCCCGCGCCACAGGAGGUUAACUCGGAGCUGCCGCCCCUCACCAUCGACGGGAUUCCAGUCUCUGUGGACAAAAUGACCCAGGCUCAGCUUCGCGCAUUCAUCCCGGAGAUGCUCAAGUACUCCACGGGCCGGGGGAAGCCGGGCUGGGGGAAAGAGAGCUGCAAGCCUGUCUGGUGGCCAGAGGACAUCCCAUGGGCCAAUGUCCGCAGUGAUGUCCGCACAGAAGAGCAAAAGCAGAGGGUUUCAUGGACCCAGGCAUUACGGACCAUAGUUAAAAAUUGUUACAAGCAGCAUGGGCGGGAGGACCUUUUAUACGCUUUCGAAGACCAGCAAACGCAAACUCAGGCCACCACCACACACAGCAUAGCCCAUCUGGUGCCCUCGCAGACCGUAGUGCAGACCUUCAGCAACCCUGAUGGCACCGUGUCACUCAUCCAGGUUGGCACGGGGGCAACGGUGGCCACGCUAGCUGACGCUUCCGAGCUGCCGACCACAGUCACUGUUGCCCAAGUGAACUACUCCGCUGUGGCUGAUGGAGAGGUGGAACAAAAUUGGGCCACUUUACAGGGAGGUGAAAUGACCAUCCAGACGACGCAAGCAUCAGAGGCCACCCAGGCGGUAGCAUCGCUGGCAGAAGCCGCUGUGGCAGCUUCUCAGGAGAUGCAACAAGGAGCCACUGUCACCAUGGCCCUCAACAGUGAAGCCGCUGCCCACGCUGUCGCCACACUGGCUGAAGCCACCUUACAAGGCGGGGGACAGAUCGUCCUGUCUGGAGAAACCGCAGCAGCCGUCGGAGCACUUACUGGAGUCCAAGAUGCUAAUGGCCUCUUUAUGGCAGAGUCUGGAGGUUGCAAGUGGAUCCUGGCGAGAAGGCUGCAGGUGGGCCUGGUCCAGAUCCCUGUGAGCAUGUACCAGACUGUGGUAACCAGCCUCGCCCAGGGCAACGGGCCCGUGCAGGUGGCCAUGGCCCCCGUGACCACUCGGAUAGCGGACAGCGCGGUCACCAUGGACGGCCAGGCUGUGGAGGUGGUGACACUGGAGCAGUGACACAGAGGGCUAUCAUGGCGUCAUUUUCUAGUCUACUUCAGGAUUUUAUACACGUUUGCAGAGGUGCAAUCAAAUGGAAUCAAGUCUCUGGACUUGGAAGAAACGUUUUGGUACCCUUUUUUAAGAAGGAAAAGGCAGCAGGUUUUGGAAUCACCUUUUUUAAAGCACCCAUCUGGUGGAGUGGAACAACACCGACUUCACUGUCCCAAAAAGCCAAAUGUGGCCGGACUUCUUUGUGCGGAAAUGUGUGUGUACUUCCGUGUGUGCAGGUGUGAGUGUGGAUGUACGUACAUGUGUACAUAUGGACAUACACAUUUACAUAUAUGUAUAGAGUAUAUAUGUACAGACAUACGUAUGAACCCCGCAUGGAGUUAUCUGUUGAAAUCGAGGUGAACUGGUAACCCACCCAGGCCCGUGUUGGAGGGUGCACGGCCAGACACAGUCACCGGGUUUCCUUCGCAGCAGGGUCGUGCAUUGAGCUACUGAGAGCCCAGCAGAGGCGCCCGGCCCUUCACCAGAGCUGCCUCGGCCGCAGAGCUCCGCAGACGCCGCGGGAAGGCGCCGGAGCGUCCAGAGCGAGCGGCCCUCGCCAGCAGGGCACUGUCCAGGCUCCCGGUGCUGCCCUUGCCGCAGGCACUGCCCUGCGGGCUCCUGGCAGGGGCCUGACCUUCCCGGCCUCCGCUCCUCCCUCCCGGACCUCCGGCUCACACAAACCUCGCUCUGGCUGUGAGGUCAGCCCUGAGUCGGCCCUGUUACGAACUGAGGGUAACAGUAGUGUUGAGGGACUGAGCAGGCGGGUGUGAGUGGGUGCGUGCGUGUAUGUGUGUGUGUGUGCUCGCACUUGUGUGAGAUGGGGAGAGAGCGGGAACAGUGUAGGAGAGCAGGAAGGAGGGAGAAAACUUGCCCGAGCAGGUGCGCCUGUGGGGACCAUGUUCUCCAGUCAUGUUUAGCUGCACGUAAACAAGAGACUGCCACACACGGACCUGUGCCCGGAGAAGGCUGGCCAUCGCAGAUGUGUCAGGAAGAAGGGCCUACUCCAGGCCCCAGGACUGUCCCCAGGCCCAUCCUGGCGGCGCCAGCCUGGGCAACACCCUGCCCUCCGGGUGGAUGGAUGGCAGCGAGCCAGCGGCCUUUGGCGCAGUGAGCAGCCGUGAGCCCCGAGGCCUCGGCCGCCUGACCUCGACCAGCCAAUCUCUGCUCCUCGAGCGUGUACAGGGCUCCUCCUCCCACUCCUCCCCUCGUGUGGUCGUGUAUUUAAUGUGGUGUUUUGGUUUUUGUUUUUUAAUGAGACAUUAAAAGACUCUUCAUGUCUUGCUCGGCCUUUGAGAAACGUUUCCAAUUCUUACCUUCACUUGUUUUAUAGAAAACUAGACAAUGUUCUUUGUAUGUUCUUUCUGUACGUGACAAGGGAAGAACAGGACAUUUACACUUGAACGUCCUGGUUCUACUUGUUAUUUUUUUAAUUAUUUUUAUCAUAUUGUGAAGCUGUAGAGGGGCUGUACGAUCUGUGCUCCUUUGUGGUGAAAUAACCUUCCAAUAGUUAGAGAAAUUGCCAAGAAAAGAACCGAGACCCCAGUAGCAGGGCAUGGACUGUGUUGUUCUCCCCUCUGUGGAAACUGCCUCAUUCAAUAAAUAGUUUCGAUGUGGCGACAA